UGAAAUUUGAAAAGAUGCAGCAUAUCUUAGAAAAGAUUACCAAAUAGGAAAAGUACGGUGACUAUACCCUGAGAAGAACAGAUGCUUUUUGUGAAAGUAUCUCUCACUUUAGUAAACCAGCAGGAAUCUGCAUGAAUAAAACACACCCAGUUGGCAAACAGGGAGAGCUAUUUGUUUAGCUGUAUGCAUAUAUGCUUAGCUAUACCAAGUAAGCUGCGGAAUUAGAAAACUGGGACCGCAUUAAUAGAUGCAGCUUCACUGCAAGACGUUCACUCCGAAAAAGAAGUCGUUCUGAUCGAAGGCCACAUGUUUGAUAUUUGGAAGCGGUAUUGAUUGAGUGCAGAGGAAAUGGGGCAGAAACCUUCGCAACAGUCGGCUCCCAAGGACAGCCAAGAGGUUGUCAGCGUCUGUGAGGUGUUCAGUGGAGCUAUCGUGCAUGCCGCUCAGAAAUUGGAGGAGUACCUUGGAUUUGAAGACCCUCUGAGCAAUCUGAGCCCAGCUCCAGACACUCUGAAUGAGAUCUUCUUAAUCCACUUCGUCACUUUCUGCCAAGAAAAGGGCGUUGAUGAGUGGCUCACCACCACCAAGAUGACCAAGCACCAAGCCUUCCUGUUUGGGGCCGACUGGAUUUGGACCUUUUGGGGAUCUGAUAAGCAAAUAAGGCUCCAGCUGGCGGUACAGACCCUGCGGAUGUCUUCUCUUCCUCCUGUAGAGUCUAAGCCUUGUGAGGCCUCCAAGCCAGAAUCCAGGGCAGAGUCUUCCCGGAAGAGUAGAUUUGAAAAGCUGGACGAAUUCUGUAGCCUGAUAGGAGAGGAUUGUCUGGGCCUGUUUCUCGUCUUCGGUGUGCCAGCAAAGCCUAAAGACAUCAGGGGAGUUGUCCUGGACAGUGUCAAAAGAGAGAUGGCCAGGGGCCGUCUGCCCGGAGGGAAGGCUGUGGCACAAUUUGUCCUGCAAACUAAAGACUGUGUCUCCGUUAGAGAGCUGCUUGGAAGCUGUCUGAGUAAGAAAGACGGGCUACGGGAGGUGGGCAAGGUUUAUAUUCGCAUCCUCUGAACUAGAUUUGUGUGAUGAGACUGGCCUGUGAGGUGAAAAGGAAAAGAUAUUUUCUUCUAAUAAGCAAGCCCUUCCACUUGCAUCAUCCCAGCAUGGAAUUCCCCCUCCCUCUCCCACAUUGAAUGAAAAUGAUCACCUGGACAAAACGUUUGAGUGUCAUGAUU